AUGGGGCGGCACCUGAGUCGUGCCGUUGUGGCACAGGUCAUAGACGCGCUGAAUGUUCAGCGAAAGACUGCCCUGCUUUCACUGCCGUUCGAAGCGUCUUGGGUGACGGCCACCACCACCGAGUCUUCUAGUGGUGGUAGUGCAUCAUCAUUAUCGAGACUGCUCAACGGUCCACUUGACACUGAAAGGGAGGUGCUGCCGUUUGUGCGUGACGCGGUGCUGCGUGCUGUUGAACGGACUCCGCGAGGUCGUGACAGUAAGCUGAUGCCCGAGGAGCAUGAAGUCGGCGCACUCAUGGAGGGCCGCCGUCUGGUAGGUCUUAACCUCACCUGCUCACGUCUUUCUGCCGAUCUUAACCGUAGUGACCUCACCGGUGCUGACUUCACAGACGCAUUCGCAAGCCACAGCACCUUCAACCUGGCUCGCAUGCAGCGGUGUAGUCUGGCAGGUGCGCAGCUCCACUCAUGUACGUUCCUAGCGACGGACGCAGUGGGCGUCGAUGCACGACGGUGCCGCUUUUCUCACUGUGUGUUUUGCCGCACUGACAUGACUGACUGGGACGUCCGCGGGGCAACUUUCUAUCGCUGUGCCUUCACCAUGAGCGACAUGAGCGGUUGGCUGUACGACGGUGCGACGAUGGUGGUGGAACCGGUUGAUUGGAGUCGUUGCCGACGCCUCAACUGGCGAGCGGCGGCAGGUUGCAGCGUGCGAGAGUGCAAUGUGGUGAGGAAGAAUACCAGUUGUAGUAGUAGUAGCAGCAGCAGCUGUCUCUCACUGGGGCCACGCGAUUGCUCGCCGUCACGCGGUUGA